ACUCAAAUCGGCACGGCAGUUACACCAAACUCGUAUAACAUUGAUUUUUUUAACCACACUUCAUAUUUGUACUGGUGCCAAAAGUUAUAGUGCAGAAGUUUACGGAUAUUACAAUUUAUAUCGUAUGCGGAUUUAUAAAUUUGCGCCAAACGCAAAAUUUAUUUCAAAAUUUUGGUAAAAUGAGUUUCGAUUUCAGAUCUCAGCGUCAUCUGUCUUUUAGCUUUGAUAGUAGCAGAACCUUAAAUCAACAACUGUCUUUCUUACCGACUAUGAGUUUACAUUCUAUUACAGAAUAUCUUGAUGAUCUUAAAAUGUCAAGAAGGCGGGGCAAGGAUUACGAACAUGUGGAUUAUACGAAGUUAAGCAGUACUGAUAAUGGUUUUGUGGAUGCACAAUUUACUAAUCCACCCACCAAAAUUCCAUGGAGGGCUGUUACUCUCGCUACCUUAUUAUUUAUUGCCGGUAGCGCUCUGUUAAUAGUUGGUAGUCUUAUUGUUAGUGGCCGUAUUGAUUCAAAGUACGCAGAUCGUAUGUGGCCCAUGAUUAUAUUAGGAAUAUUAAUGUUUAUUCCUGGUGCAUACCAUGUUCGCAUUGCUUACUAUGCCUUUCGACAGGUUCCGGGGUAUUCAUUUGAUGAUAUUCCUGAAUUCGACUGACUUACCAUAGUAUUUCCAUAAGGAGUGCAAUAUAUUUUUGUGUUAGGGCCAUAUGAACUGAAUCAAUUUCUAUACAAAGCACAGAGCAUACAUUAGAUGUGAUGAAGGUCUUAUGUUUAAAUUAAAUAAAAAAUAGGUAAUUUGUAAAGCCAAAUUUAUAAUAGGUACCUACAUACGGAGUAGUGUUCAUACAUCAGUUCAUGCUUGCCAAUAAAUCACUAGUUAACUACCUAGAGUGGAAUUAUUUUGUUAUGAACAGUUGUGCAGUAGACCAAAGAUUUUAUAUUUACUUACAAGACAAUGUUUCAAACAGUGGCAUGAAUCGGUUUUUUCCGAAUUCUGCUUACGGACGCCCAUCUUAUAGCUCAUAACAAAAUAACCCCACUGUAAAAUCUGCAAUUUAUACACAAAGUGUAGAAACGGGUCACUAAUUGUUAAGUGGGAAAUAAAUGAAAUAUAAAAAAUGUUUUCAAUGUAAGUAUGUUGUCCUUUCUUGCACUGUGUGAUGACUAUCAUCAACCACUCAAAAAUCUCAUUUCAUAAACUAAUAUAAUAAAAUAAGUAUACAAUGGCCUGAAUUACUUUACCAUAUACCUACAUUUAGCUUUUAUUUUAUUGACUUGUAAGUAAAU